GGGAAGGCUGAUCUUGUGGGAAACCAUGGUUUCCCAUUACAGCUGAACUGGUAAUCUGAUAGGGUGGUGCUUUUUCCUUCUUAUCCUCAAGAGGUGUUAGUAGAAACAAUAGGUGCAUUGAAGAGAAUAGAGUCCCUUCCUCCCAUUAGGAAAGAAGCAGAGCCUUUUUGCCUAUCUGUAUUAUAAUGUAUUCUUUCCUUAUUGAUCACUAUGGAUGGGUCUGUUAUUACAACCAAAAACAUCAUAUGCACAACAGAUUUAAACAUAGUUAAAUAUUCUUUGGAGCCUCCUUGAGGAUGCAAAAGAUAAUGUCUUAGUAGAAGUGGGAAAUAAUGUCAAACCACUUUCAUUGUAAGUACAUGUAUUUCUCAUUAUUAUAGUCUGAGAAAGCCUCAGUUUAGUAGGAUAAGAAUAAACUUAGGAGAUGUUUGUUCAUUAUUCAAAUUGGUCAGUUUACAAAUGUGUCAUCCCAAAGUCACAUUUGUAUGUUGGGGACAAGUGCUGGUAGAUUAACAGUACAAUCCUGUGCUUGUUGAUUUGGAAGGAAGCCUCAUUGUGUUGUGUGGCAGUUGCUGUCAUGAAAUUGUGCAUAGGGUUGCAACCUAAAUAGCCAAACCUAUUCAGUUAGGAAUUACUUUCAUUUUCUUUUAUAUGCACUUUAAUCAACAAACAUAUUUGCUGUUGUUCUUUAACCCACAGCAAUACAAACAGCAGAAACUCAUUUUCAGUAAAAUGUUUGACAGGAUAUUACUUUUCUUUAAAAUCCUUUUUCUGAGCUUUACUUUCAGCAUCUUCCCUAGACAAAAAGAUGUACUGUGACAAAUUUACUUCUGUAAACAGUACAGUUUACUUUUUAAUUUCAUCAAAAAUCUAUCCUAGUACAAUAGAAUAUGGUAAUUCAGUAGGUCAUGUAUGAUUUGGGUACUGAAGCUUGAUGGGAUUAAGAAAAUUUUGGCUUUCUUUGGAAAACAACUGUAGCUUUUUCUGAACAUAAGAAGAGCCAUGCUGGAUCAGACCAAGAAUCCAUUUGGUUCCUCUUUCUGUUCACACAGUGGCCAAGCAGCUGUCAGUGAGAAAUCUGCAAGUGAAAUCUGCAAAUGACACUAUGCCACUCAGCUUCCUCCACAACCUGUAUGCAGAAGCAUCCAGUCGAGUGCCUGUAUCCUCAGUUUAAAGAAGAUGAAAUGCAAUAUUAGGGGCUUUUAGGGCUGUGUACUAAAACUCAGCUAACAAUAUGAACCUCCAGCAUUCUGUGACUAAUGAGAAACACCCUGAUUUGCAGAUCCAGCCACAAGCCUGGAACACGGAGAAAGAAAGUCGGUUUGAAUGGACAAUGAUUAGAGAUACAAUGAAGGCUUGGAGUGACAGUCAGUCAGAUCUUUACAGCAGUGACCUGGAAGAGGAAGAAGAAAUGAUUUUUGGAGAGAAUGAGGAAGACUUGGAAGAAAUGAUGGAUUUAAGUGACCUGCCUAACUCGCUGUUUGCUUGUAGUGUUCAUGAAGCAGUAUUUGAAGUUCAAGAGCAAAAGGAAAGAUUUGAAGCGCUUUUCUCAGUCUAUGAUGAUCAUGCUACAUUCCAGCUAUUUAAAAGCUUUAGAAGAGUAAGGAUAAACUUUAGCAAUCCAGAAGCAGCAGCAAGAGCACGAAUAGAACUGCAUGAAACAGACUUCAAUGGGAAAAAGUUGAAGCUGUAUUUUGCCCAGGUUCAGACACCCGGUGAAGUGGGAGAUAAAUCUUACCUCUUGCCCCCACAACCUGUUAAACAGUUCCUAAUAUCACCACCUGCAUCCCCACCAGUAGGAUGGAAGCAAAGUGAAGAUGCCACUCCCAUGAUAAACUAUGACUUGCUCUGUGCUGUUUCAAAAUUGGGCCCUGGGGAAAAAUACGAGCUUCAUGCAGGAACAGAGUCUACCCCCAGUGUUGUUGUCCAUGUGUGCGAAAGUGAAACAGAAGAGGAAGACGAAAUGAAAAAUCCCAAACAGAAGAUUGUGCAGACAAAGCGCCCAGAUCCGCCACCAACAUUGUUAAAUGAAACAAAAACUCUUGAAUGUACACUAGAGGUAGGGGGUGCGAUGCACUACUGAUUUGAAGCUAUCUAAUAAUGGCAGUGGAUAGUAGUCAUGUUUGCACUGCUGCAUUAUGCGUAGUGGCAACAGACUCCUCUUGUAGUCGUCUCACAUCAGGAAGACUUUAGAUGCCAACAUUUUGAAGAGCACUUUAAUUUUUAAGGUUAACUUCCAAGAUGUAGCAAAUCAACUGGGUUUCCAGUCCUAGCAUGCUAGGAAAGUGCCAUUUCUGGAACAUGUGUUACCAUUUUCUUGGUGUUUAGAAGGCUGAAAGGAACUUGACUGCUGCCCUCUCUAUAUGGGUUACCACAUGGUUUUGGAUGUGAGUCUCUCAUGUAUAUUUUUGUGUGAUAUAUAACAUGAUCUGAUUAACAUAACGUUCUAAGUACUAUAUUGAUGAAAUAUAUAUGUAAUGUACAAUGUACAUUGUUAUCGGUAGAAGAAUCUCAAAUUGGUUUGGGGUGAUAGAACCAAAUUUCCAAACUGUUUUGUUUUUUUGUGUGUGCUUUUUCUUAGAAAUGCCACAGGUGUGUGUGUGUGUGUGUGAAUUUUAAGGUACUCUUGUGAAUAGAUGAGAGGCAAAAAACAAAAUUGGAACUGUAGUUAUGGAAACUGAAAGGUAUACAAGGAACCUGUGGAUUUUGGAUUGAUUCCCUCUUUGGCACUUGUUUCCUGCCAUUUCUAAGCAAUUGAAGACCUCCUGCUGUGGCUAUUCCUAAUGCGGAAUAAUUAAUUUCUGUAUUUCUGUUGUACACUCCCAAUAGCAGGAACAAAGUAGCCAGAGAUGGUCCUAUAUCAGUAUGGCUCCUUGAAAAGCUUAGCCGCAAACCUUGUGCCACUUGUCUAACCAACUGGAAUUCUAACACUGUUUCUAGACUGUAGAAGGCAGCAAAGUUACACAGGUAUGCCAAAGUUGCACAGUUGCUCUCAACAGUGAUGGUGCAGUAGCUGUGCCCCAAAGCAAGUGUUGGAGAAUCAUCCAUUCCUUAAAUCUCAGGCUUUUAUGGUCUGUUGGUCCUGAAUCUAGUGCCCCUCCACACUUAUUCUGCUCAGUAUUGUGGUUGGCUAAGCUACUCCACCAUUCAGACUGUGCUAUAUGUUGAUAAUUGCCUUCUUUUCAGAUCUCCAGCUCUUUGUCUUGACAGGAGUGCUAGUCAGUAGGUCUUAGUGAGUUAUUGGUUGGAUUGCUUUUUUAUUUCCUGCUUCUUCCUUUGCUUUCCUGGCCUUAGACCCUCUUUCCUUAUUCUGCAAGUCGUUAUUCUCAGGAAGGGAAUAAAACUUGUACCAAGAUAGCUUUCCCUUUGCUGGUGGUACUGCAGGAAAACUGCUGGCUACCCAGUUGUCCAGACUUGACAAAUAAGACUAGACUUACUCAUUGUGUAAGCCUUCCCUUCCCUUCCCAUGUCUUUUAGCAAGGUCACACCAUAAGAUGCCAGGUACUUAAUUUAAUGUAACCCUACAUGUCUAAUAGCUAAUACUUUUCAUGAUAAAACUGAGUAAAAAAGUGCAAGGAUUGGUUGAUAUUUAACAUAUAAAAUCAUCAACAAUACCAAUUUCUCUUAAUCACGAUUUAGGAUGGAGAAGAGGUGAUUCAAAUUGUGUCCAGUGGCAGAAACGAUCCUUCUCUUCCUCCACACCAUAGAAACCACAAGCAAUGACUAGUUACUAGGCCAGUCCAGAUGCACAGGUCCAUAACUGUAGUAAUUCAAAAUACUUUAUAUCACCCAAACUUCAAGCUUCAUUAGCUCUUUGUCCUGGUAGUGGAUGAAGGCUGGCUUGGCUUGGGACCAGGUUGCAGGAGUUCAGUUAUUACUAGUGAAUUGAGUAUUGGAGGAGGACCAGUAAGGCCUAUUUCAAAACUCAUAGAGAACUAAAAUUUACUUAGUAACUUUGAACCACUUAUCAGCCUUAGGUUGACUAUCAACCUAACUUUUCUUAUGGGCUUGCGAGGACAAUGGCAUAUUCCAGGUAUGCAGCGCUGCACACUCCUUGGAUGCCAAUGCGAGGGAGUGAACAGGUGAAGAGUAAAGGCAAUUGUUACUUUGCUAGAAUAAUGCCUAAUUCUUGCCGAUUUAUUGACAGCAAAGGUACUUAUUACGUGAUGUAUUGUAAAAGCUGUUGACAUUUUCCACAAUUAAGAUCUUGUUUUGUUGACAUUUUAAAAGUCCUUGAUACAUGCUAGGUAAAUUAUUGGUUAUUCCUUAUAAAUGUUCAAAGCCUUGUUCCAUGUUUACUGUGGUGUGAUCAGAAUGAAGUAUUAAGUCUAUUUUUGCAUGAUAAAGUAAACUUGGAGAAGCCAUUUUGCAGUGAAUUUCUGAAUGGAAGUCAUGAUGAUAUCUGGGCAGUACAGAUAAAUAUAUGCAUCUUAAAACCUUCCAAGCUUCAGCUAGUUUCUUUAAUAGCAUCAGACUCCUACUUAAGGAUCUCAUCUCUCUGCAUCUGUGAAAAUGCAGAAUUUGAUCUGUCAAUUAUAGUUUUAUGUACAAUUGUGAGACCACCUAUUAAUAUAUUUGUCACAGAAUUCAUGCAUAAUACCAUUUGUAUUUUUAGGUAUCUUGUCUCUCUAAGCAGCUGAAAGCCAAUCAGCGACUGGCAAUUUUGAGUGUCAUGUCUGCUCCUCAAAAGGAUGCACCUGGCUCUCUGCCUGUGCAGAGCAGGGAGAAGUAUGAAGAGACCAGUCAUUAUAGCAAUGGAGCUCUCAAGUAGGCUGCUGUAGAAAGUGGAGGUUAUUCGGGGCUGACCUGCUUUCUUAGAUUAGAUGUCUGAUAAAAACUAAUUGUGGGGGGUGGGUUGCUGGUCUGUAGAACUUCCAGAAUAUUGUGCUGUCCAAAUGAAUCAUCAGAGCAUGGGGAGGUGACUAUAACUGUUUAGUGUUACAACAGGUGGUGGUGAACAGUGUUUUUCAAAAGGAUAAAUAAAGCAUUUUACCAUUUA